AAACAGAUUGACCCCUGCCAAACAGCAUACAGAUUGACCACUGUCAACUACAGCCUGUUCCCGAUCUAUAAGACACCUGAAUACCCACUGACAUCUCUUAGCCUGUCCCUGACUUGCCGUCUUUGAUGACACCAGCCCGAAAUUCCAUUGAUGACUGAUAAAAUGAUGAACAUCGUACAGCUGCUUAGAAAUACAUACCAGUGUGCCAGGGAAGCAAGUCAUUAGAAUUAUUUAGAGAAUUCUAUAUAAGAUCAGUUCUGUAAAUUCUGCUAUUAUAUUGCAUAAGACAAUAAUAAUAAUAAUAACAACAACAUUAAUUUAAUAGUGAGGUUCACUCUUGGCCAUGAUUACAAUGCAACUUUUUUCUUGACUACCAGAGUAAAGUAGCAUGAAGUGUACGUAAUAUAAAAUUUGAACACUCUAUACCAGAAGUUAUUAAAUCUGAUAUUAUUUUCCAGGUGCAUGAGUGAUAAGAGGAGAUGACUUAUGGCUGUGUAUCCCGUCAGAUUUAUUGGAAUUGACUGGUGCUACUGGUGUAAUAUUCCAAGUGUAGUUUUAAAAACUGAAUACUACAAUGUUUUUGGUGACGUAAUGUUUCAUAUGCUAAAUGGAAAAAAUGGCUGAAAGGACAAAAACCAUUUAGUUAUGGAAACAUUGUAUUUAUUACAGUUAGUGAUUUCCCUAUGUGAAGUGUUGUAAUAAGUUCUCUAAAUUUUUAUAUGAGAUAAAGACAGUGAAUUAUAGUUAAAUAGUAAGCUGAUUUUAUAGUCACUCUCAUGUUAUGUGAGAAAGAAAUGGAACUGGGUAUCUCCUAUUCUUGUAUAGAUUUGGAUCUCAAGUUUGUAAAACAUUGUGCUUUAUAGAGUAGCACUAAGCAAUGGAAAAUAUAAAAGUUAAAAUUGAGCCAGAAACCUCUGACUGUGAACAAGUCAAGUGUAGUUGGGAAAAUGCAGAGGAUGAUGAUGAUUAUGAUGAUGAUGAUGAUAAGGCAGUCACUUCGUCACACAAGAAAUUGAUAUUACCUUUUUCUGUAUCAGAAAAUGAACAGAAAAGUUUCAAGUCUUGGGAUUUUAAAAGAAAACCUAGCAAAUCAAGUAACUGUGAUGCAGAGAAGAUAGAAAACCAAGAUAAAAGUGAUAGGAUGACAAAAUUAAAGAAUAGAGUCAGGACUCGAACUCUACUGGAGGUUGAAUCCAAAAGGAAAAACAUUGAGUCUGAUUCAAAAAAGUUGAAAGACAAAGAUUGUGUACCUCAAUCUACUGAUAGGAAGUCAGAUGUGCACCAAACAAAAGAUAAGGAUAAGGAUGAAUCCACUAAACAACUUAAGGGAUAUGAGAUUAAAAAGAUUAGAAGUCCAACCAACUGGAAAAAUUUCACACAGUUUAUCUUUCUUGGACAUUCCCGCUUUAUAUAUAACAGCUCUAUACCUGCAAGUGAAAAGCUUCCUGCCUUUCAAGUUUUUAGUGAUCCAGAACUUAAACUUGAUAAUAUAGAAUCUGUAUUGAAAGCGAAGGGCAUAGAUUUCAAAAAAGAUUCUUUACUCAUUUGUAGCAUUGGAGUUGAUGACUUUUUGGAUGUUAAAUUGACUGUAAACCAAAAUCAGUCACAUAAGAAAGAUCUUUCAGCGAAAAGUCUAAUAGCAAAGGCAAAGCAGAUUAUGAGAAAGGUGCGUCGUUUGUUCACUAAGGAUUCUGAGGUGUUCUUAAUUAAUGUCCUACCUGUUGACUUAAGGAAAGCAUAUUAUAAUGAAAAGAUUUCAUCUCUGAGUUCUGAAGAAAUUAAUGAGUUCUGUUGUAAUAUAAGUGAUAGUAUCAGAGCCUUCAAUAAUUACUUUAAGCUGUCUGUCCCUCAAAAAUUAAGAGAAAAACUGCAGAAAUAUUUGUUUACUACAAUCAAGGAAGAAACCCACUUCAUCAACACACAUAUGUAUGAUGGACUGAAUCUGACAAGAUACGCUGUUGAUACACUGUCGGGGAUAAUAGCGUUUAACUUAAAGAAUUAUAUAUCAUUCAAAGGAUUGUUUAGAUAUGUUGUUCUUGUUGGAGACUUACAUUUGGAGAAUAUUGUGAAAGUUUGGCCUGGAGAUAGAUUCAACUGUACAGUUUUGGUUGUUCCUAAUUACAAGUUGACUGAUAUUAGACAAGGAAGCCCACUUUUGAGAGCAUUAGUAGAGUACAAAAAUUCUUUGAUUAUAUUGAACCUUGGCACACUGGACUUGUACGAUAACCAGUACUUCAGUUGUCCUGAAUGUAAAACAGCAAUGAAAUUUAUUGUGCCAAAAACUGUCUCAGUAAGACAAGAAAUUUUGAAAGCACAGAUCAGAGCUAUUAUGGAAAAUGUUAAGCAUGAAAUAAAGAAAUCUUUAGAUGGCUGCCAAGUGCUUUUUUCCCAUUCUCAUAUAAUUGAUGUAGUAGCCCACCAUAAACACAUAUUUGAGCAACACAGUGAUAAAUGUAAUAAGAACAAUGUAAAAAAAAUGUUUGAUCCUUCUUUGCAAGAAAACAAGACAGCUAUCAAAGAAUUGUUCCAUGUUGCAGAGUCUUAUAAUGAACUUGCUUCCUGUCAUAAUAAAUCAAAUGGGCUUCCAAUUUGGGACAAAUCACCAUACAUCUAUGGUUGUGACUACAAAUCAAGGCAUCUUUUACCAUAUUCAUUCCCCUCCAACACUUUUGUUGAUGGCAUUAAUUUGACACCUGAUACUGCCCAGCGCAUUGCUGAGCACUUCCAUUUUUCCACUGAAGAGAUUUUAGCAUUGAAACUUGAUUGUGAAAAAGAAGAAUCCAAAAAGCCUAUCACAGCAGAUUUAAAAAUAUCAGAGAUAAAAACGGAUGAAAACAAUAAGACUUUAAGAAAAAUUGAUAAAAAUAAAGUUUUAGCAGUUCCAAUUCAAAUCUCUAAAAAUGCUAAAAAACCAAAGUCUGAUUCGCAAACUACUGAUCUUAAACAAAUUGUUCUCCCUUUUGUUCCACCCAAUUUUGUAAAUUCUGUUCCUAAUUCUGGUUCUGUUCCCCCUGGUCCACCUCCUUAUCAUGGUGGAUUUACAGGCCAUGAUUAUAUGUGGAAUGGUAGUGCUGCCCCAGUAAUGCCACAGAAUCCUAUGGGUGGAAAUGUUUUGACAUCAAACACCCAGCCUGCCCCAUGGACAUGGGAGGCUAAUUCUUAUUGUUCAUCAUUUUCUGGGCAGACUUAUUCUGCAACUGCACCAAUUACUGGACAAGCUGGUCCUUACCCCAUGCAACAGAUUGGACAGCCAGGUUCCUACUAUGGAACUGCACCAGUUACUGGACAAGCUGGUCCUUACCCGAUGCAACAGAUUGGACAUCCUGACUCAUAUUAUAAAGACACACCAGUUACUGGACAAGUUGGUCCUUACCCCAUGCAACAAAUGGGACAGCCAGAUUCGUUUUAUAAUGCUGCACCAGUUAGAGUACAAGAUGAGCUUUACCCCAUGCAACAGAAUGGACAGCCAGUUUCAUAUGAAGCACCAAUACAACAGAGUGGACAGCCAGGUUCAUAUAUACCGUUGAAUGAGCAGACAAGUUCUUACAUGGCUUCUGCAGAGUCAUCAGUACUUCAGUGGCCAAGGUCAUACUCUGAACCUGUUAGUUCAUCAGAAAUACGUGGUUCAGUCACCCAUCAACGAAGUGAAAGGUCAUCACUACCAGAAAUUCAAGGAAAAGAUUACUCAGUAUCAUCUUGGCAAAAGAGGUCUUCACCUUCACACUCACUUCAAGUAAGUAGAGCCCUAUCAUCUUCUCUUAGUUUAAAGAAGCAUGAUAAAAACUCUUUAGAUUUAGAUGAUUGGAAACCAAAAAAUAUGAGCUCUCCCCAUGGCCUCCACAAGAGAGACCAUGCCCAUAAAAGGUUACAUAAAACACAUCCAAAGUAUGCAGAAGAGCAAACAAAUUUUAUUAGGUUUAAAGUGCAAAAUUGUCUUGAUAGGGGACAAAAACCAGAUAUGGAUAGUAUACUGAAGGAUUGGGAACAUUACUGGGAUGAUAAUUUUGUGAAAUUAUCGGAAGACAGCCGGACUGCCAAGCGAGAAAAUAGAAAAUUGUCAUUCAGUAGUUAUAGUAAGCAGUCUUGUUCUUCUGAUAGUUUUGUAAGUAGUGGUAAUUCUGAAAGUAAUAGUGAAAGCUCAGAUAACAGUAGCAGUUCAGAUUCAGAGGACCAUAAAAGGUGUAGAAAAUCUAAGUACAAGAAAGAAGUAAGGUUGCAAGACAGAAGAUCAUCUUCGGAUCGAAGAGGCACUGGAGUUAAGAAAAGAAUAAAUACUACAUCGCCUACACACAAACAUCAAGAUGAGCCAUCUUCACGGGGCAGAGGAAAUUCUAAUAGUUCACCUGAAUCAGCUUCUAGAGUGAGUGAUGCUCACACAAAAUGGAAGAAACAUCGUCGUUCACCUUUUGAGAGAAGAGUUGAUAGUAUGAGGAAGAGGAAACAGAAUUACCUUGAUAGGAGACAUAAAUCUUCAAGAAGAGAAGAGAGUUAUUCACCAUCAGACAGAGAAAAUGACCAAGGAAGAGAGCAGAGCUUUUCUCCAAGACGUAGUGAAAAGGGCAUAAGCAAUAGCAUAUCCCCCAUUGAUAGAGAAUUUCUGAGAAGAGAAAAGUAUAGUCAGUCACCUACAGAUAGAGACAUAAAUCUCAUGAGGGAGAAAAAUAAGUAUCCAUUACUGAACAAAAAAAUUGAAGGAAGCCAUUCUUAUGGCAGAAUGAGAAGAGCAGAUAAGGAAAAAGAUAUUGAUGAAGAUAUUAUAGUUACAGAGGUGGGAGAAGAUGUGACACAUCCCUUGCAUUUGGAGGGCUUAAGUUCUAGAAUGUACAAAGAAACAUCAAAAAGUGGGGAGUGUGGAGACCUUGCAUUUUUGCAAUAUAUUUUGAAAGUAAAAGAGUCAAGCAGCAGUCAGCAGAGUACUAGUAUAGUUCCUGAAAGUGAAGAGUUACAGACCAAUGAAUGGAAGAAAAAGAAAUCGUACAAUUCUGAGACUGUAGAGGUUACUAGUAAGAAGUCAUGUAAUGUCCUAGAAGUUUUUGAGGUGCUUUGUCAGUUUGGUGAUAACUUGGGUAACUUAAAGAGUCCCCUUGAACUUUUGUAUAGUAGAGCCUUGCAGAUUCAUUCUUCAGGUUUGGAGGCUGCUUCCUUAUUGAAUGAUAAGGAUAAUUUGACACUUUUGUAUCUGGUAAGCAGUAAGUUGAAGAAAUCUGUGAAGUGUACAGAUUUAAGUAUCAUUCAGAAGGUAAUAAUUGAUGAAGCACUGGUGAGGCUUGAUAAUUUCCUAGAAAACACUCUUCCACAAUAGACAUUUAAGGCAGAGCAGUAGAAUGUCUGGGGAAAAGUGAUAUAAAACUGGAAGAAUGCAUCACUGAAGAAUUGUAAAAAACUGUUAAUUUUCAUGUCAGUGAAAAUAAUUUUACAAAAAUGUUAUAGAAUGUCAAAACAGAGUAGUUGAAAAUAUAGGAAAACUUGAAAUUAUCAAAACACCACAACACAAGACAUACUGUCUGUACAAGAUUGUCCUUCAUCUUCAAAGUUGUACUCAAAUUGCAAAUGACAUGGAUGCUUUUUGUGACAUAAGUUUAGUAAAACUAACAAACAUAGGAGACUUCAUAUCUCUCCAAAGAUACAUUGUAAGGAAUUAUAGUUCUGAAAUAUAAGCUUAAUAUCCAAGGGAGUUGUAGUAUUUCCUUUUUGAGGACAAUAUGUUUCCAAGAAGAAUUUCACAGACGAGGAAAAUGUGUAACAGUAUAAACGUGCAAAAUAUGAAGAAUAAAUAAGUACUAAGUAGGUUUUCUUAGGCAAAGGCUGACAAAAUUUUAUGGUUCUAGUUCAAAUAUAUAUGAAACUCAAAAACUUCAAGAGUAUGAAAACAUUGAAGUUUAUGUAAGAUUGAAAUUCCAGAAGUUAUUAAAAUUAUAGUUCCUAAUUGAAAUUAAUAUUGGUACCUGAGGUUUUUAUUGAUUUUCAAGGAUGCAGAAAUAGCUGCUUAGGUUUCCAUACAUGUUUAUAGCUGUGUUGUGAUGCUUUAAGGUCAGUUAUUUCUGAAAGAUAAUCAUAAAAGAGAUAAUGGUUUGGCUUGUAUAAUUAGAUAAAUUACAAGAUGCAAUCUUUUUUUCUAUAAUAGUGGAAAAGAUAUACAUUAAAUUGUUCUUGCAACAUAUACAAUCUUUUCUGUUGGUGACUGGAAGGACAAUUUUUGAAAGAUCUGGGAUAUGGAUCAUGUGAGAUUUGUGACUUAUAUUUAAAUUUGUUUCAUUUGAAGGAUGAAAUGUCACAGCUUUGAGCAAAAUGUAAACUGAAAUGCUGAUAGAAAAUCAAACCAACUUUGGCAAUUCUCAUUAUCUCACUGUAAAAAGUAUGUUGAAUCUUUUUUCAACACUGGGAAAUUGUUAAUAAAAUACUGCUGAUAUAUAAUUGGAGUGUUUAAUGAAGUGUUUUGUAUGCUACUCUAAGUGAAAUAAAUUUUGAUUAUAUAUUAAUCAUACCAACAAUCUAUGUACAUAAUUUGUUAGAUGGUAUUAUAUGAUAUUGUAUUUUAAAAUUUUCCUUAUAUAAAUUUUUGGUGUCCUUCCUCCUUUUGUAAGAAUAAUAUAUACAUAUAUAUACUAUUAUAUAUAUAAAUCAUAUUUGUUUUUCUAUAUAUGAACAAUUUGUUGCAUGCUAUGCACUUCAGUUUUGUAAGAGACAGUGCUCAGUAUUUAGCCCAAAUUGUAUAUGAACCUUUGUUUCAGUUGCAUAUACAUACUGCAUUGGUAACAUUCAUGGGAUAUGAUUAAAAUGAAUUGGUUCUAACAGUCCGGAUUCAUUUUGUAAUACUAUAGUACGUACAUAAAAAUGAGGAGCAUGUUUUAUGUUUUUGUGCUUGCCAGAAAGAUAUUAACUAAGCUUUACUAGAAAAUCGAAUCUGUGUAAAUUGCUAGGUUAUUGCACCCAUUAAUGUGUACCAGGUGAAGUACUGGUAAAAAAAUGUACAAACCAUUUGACCAGAUGAUGUACGUAAUUAUCAUCCAUCCUCAUGAGAUGAGUUUGUAUGUUGUCAGUAGGUAUAUCCUGUAGCUAAUGGCAGACUUACUAUGCAGGUUGGCAAAGCAUAUUAGGCUGGAAAUACAGAGUUCAGAAUUUCAGAAAUAAUGAAGAAACAACCAGUACAGUACUACUCGCUCAUUAGUUCCCAUUGUCCACAGUGUCUGUCAAGAGAGUGUAGGGGAGGUGCGUACCAUUUGUUAUUACAAUACACUGGAUCUGUGUUAGUUUUGGCAAGAUUAGGUAACAUUCCCCUUGAAAUAUGUUUUAAGAGCAAAGUUCUUCAAAUACAAAGCUUUACAGAACAACAGCUUAUUUGUUCUAAACGUGACAGAUUACCUUGGGAUGGCAAAAUGUAGCUGAGCAACUUAGGUAAAAAUCUGCCAAAACAUGCUGAAUUUAAAGCCUUUUUGUACUGAUGUAUCAUAAUAAAUUAAUUUCAUCUUCCAUUGAAAAAUUUUAUUGAUUUUCCUUGUAGCUUCUCAAUUUGGUAGUACAUAUAGUACAAUUUAAAGUAACGUUCAGAUUCUGUGCAGAAGUUACAUGGGAAUAAUGACAUCCAUCACUUCUAAUAUCUGGCAGCCUCUUGUAGAAGCAAAGAGUUUCUUGUGUACAUAUUGCUACUAUACAGGUAAUUGUACAUUCUUGUUAUUCUGUAGCAGGCUCAUGGAAGUAGCUUCCCAUUUGUAUAAUAAGUUCUCAUGUUGUGGAUUUUGUUUGUUUAAUAUAGAACUUGUGUGUACAGUGUGCUUGAUCAAGUUCUGAUAAUCUUGUGUGAUUCCAUAAGAAAUAAGAGAAGAAAAUGUCUCUGUUGGUUUCUAGAGCCUUGUCCCACCAAGUCAUUUUUAUUAUUGCUGUUUUAUUAAUAAUAUGAAAGCAUUGUGGAUUUUACACAAUUAUGUUGAUUGAAAAGCAAAUUGAUAAAAAUAAUGGAAAGGCUUCUAAGAAUUAGGUAAUUCUUUAGUUCUUUGAUCAAUAAUGGGACCUUCUACUUGGCUGUUGUAUAUCCUUUUAUCCAAAUGGUCAAAUAUUUCAAUACAGUGAUGAUUUUGCUCAACCUAGAUGCCAUCAUGGUUAUCAAAUGAAGAUAGUCCCAAUUGUUACAGUUGGUUUAACUUGGCAGCAAUUGCCAUAUACCUUUCUGUUAAUGAUUGUACAAAUAUUGUCAUAUCUUGCAUAAGUUAAUGUGAUUAAGCUCAAAUUUCUGUUCCUCUCAUAGCCUCUCCGUGGGUAUUACAGUGAGCACCAUAAUGCACAAGAAAUUAGGAAAGUUUUACUGAAAGCUCAAGUAAGACAACCUGAUAUGUUUAAAGUAAAAAUACCUCAAGUUUUGAUAAGUACUAUUGUACAAGAAUGAAUUACGGUGGUGUGUAUUUUCAGAUUUGUUACUUUGAUGUUCAUUUUUCAGUGGAGAUAUGAUUAUGUAAAUUACAAACACUCCUCUACUUAAUAAGCCUUAACACCCAGUUAGGGCAUACAACUGAGUGGUGAAUAGCUGUUGAAAAUAGUCAGAUUGGUGUUUGAAUCAAUGAGAUAGGUAAGGUUUUCCAUAAUUAGGAAGCCUCUGUCAUAUCUACCUCAAGCUUUCAUUUCUUGAUUCAGUUCAAUUUUGUCUAGUUUAAGAUGUGAAACAAUUGCUAUAAGAUUUUGGUUUUUCCUAAUCUUCCUCAUUUCUCCUGUUUUCUGCUUAGUUCUAUUUCCUUAUGAAAAAACAGAGAACUGUAUUUUUCAGUUUGUUUGCUUUGGUGCAUCCAAAGCUACUCUCAACCACCAUACUUCAGUACAGCUGUCAUUAUACAAGUAGGUGCUGUAUAGCUGCAAUUCAGUUGUUGGCAUAUGCUCUCAUGCAUUUGUUUUUCAUAUUUAAUGUCAUUUUGCAAGUGUUUUGUACCAGAGUUGUACUUAUGUUGUAUUCAUGUAAUGGUUUGAUUAUUUGUGGCUCUUUCAGCAGAGUAAAGGAAAGUUAAUCUCAAGUCUUAAGUGUAAUCAAGUACUAGUACUUUAUUUUCAACCCUGUCCAGAGUUCAAGGGUUGGUCAAGCAAUGCUUGGAUCCAAGGAAGUUUUGGCAAACUAACCCCAGCAGGCAGGAAAUGGGUGCCAAGUGUGAGAUAUGUGAGGUUUUUACAUUAACUUUAGUGCUGGAGAAAUUCCUUGUACAGUCGCAGUGGCUGGAUCUCAAACACAUUCAGAAGUAUGACAUGAAGAACAUAGUUGGGCCUAUUUAUGAGGUCAGGGCGACUAGAAUGCUUCAAGAAAUAGUGAUGAUGAUCCAGUUGAUGUUGGGUUGUUUAAGGACCUUUUACUAGGAACACCUUUCAGAUGCAUGAGAACAUUUCCUAUAGCAACUAAGGUAUAUCAAGAUAAUAACAGUUCAGGAGCAUUCAAAAUCAAGAUCAUUAAAAAAAUAAAAAGGAAAAUCUUGCGAUAAGAAAGAUCACUGCAGGGAAGCAAUGUUUACUCAAUUUCAGAACAAGUUCCAGCUGAGUCAGGACUGCCUAGCUGUAAAUAAAGUCAGAAGAAAUGUGCCCCUGCCAAGCAUGGUUAGUAGAAGUCCCAAAAAGUAAAAUAUGCUUUCCAAGCCAUUGGGGUCCUUGAGGAGCAAAAAGGACAUAAGAAUGUUAGGGGACUACAUAUUUGUCACCCUUGCACAUGCCUCAGUAUUAGCUUUAUCUCCCUAUUUUCUCUAUGAUAGAGACACCACAAAAAUUUCAUAUACAGGUCAUUAACAGGCUCAGAUACAUAGUCAUGUAGUUUUGAUAAUGUCAAGGUGACUAGACAUUGUCUUACAUGAUUUUUGAAGAACUUUAUAUAGCUUAGAAUGUUAAUUGUGCCAGCAUGUUUAAGUGGGAAUGGAAUGUUAUUCAAGGUUCAGACCAAUGGUUCCUUUUCAAGUGUCUGUACUAGUCAACAGAUUUGCUCUAGAGGACUGAAGUUUGUUAUAGGCAUCCCACUGCAGAACAAAGGAGAGUGGUUUACCAUCAUACCCUCUUCAGUCAGCUGUAUAACAAUGUCCAAGCGCUUAAUAUCCCUGCUUGGAGUUAUUUCAGGAAGCCUUCUAACUGAAGACAGAUUUUCCAGCUUUGCAAAGACUUAUAAGUGAAUUAUAGUGGAUUUUAGUAAGUAAAGUGGACCACUUAUGUGGUUAGUGUGGUGACUUAAUCUCUAGCCUUUUGUCACUAUUUUCAUAGUAGAUUUGUUCAGUUUUCUGUGACAAGGGAAAAGCUGCCCUAUUCUAUUUAUUGAUGAAUUGUACAUUAUAUGAUGUUGCUCUUUUUACCUCAGUCCCAUCUCUUAACUGUAGACCUGUGGUUGCCAAACUCAGCAGAGAAUGAAGUUGAGCUCUAAAAAAUUCAAAGUAGGUUGUACUAGGUCUAGAACAUGGGAUAUUCCUAUCCAGAUAUGUUCAUUGCCAAUAUUUCUUAAAUACAUGCAACUUAUUUGAAAAUUAGGUAUAAUUCUUCACUGCAAAUUCACUUUUGAGAAAUUUUUAUGGGCAGUUGCCUCUUCUGUUAUGCAAGUAUGUAUAAUGGGAAGUUUCAGGAUUUUCGGAGACCUGUGUUAAUAUUUUCAUUUGUUAUAUUUUGGUUUGUGUGUAUUGUUACUUGGUUUGGGCUUCCUUUAAAAUUUUUUGAUAAAAAAUUGAGUUCCAUUAUAGUAUAUGUUAUUCUAAGGGCUUUUCCUCUUUUGGAAAGGUUUGCCUAUCAUUUAACCAUCACUUUGAUUUUUACAGCCAUUCAGUAUUUGGUAAAUUCCAUUAGUACUGGGUAUUUGAGUUUAGGUAAAUUAAAAAAAUUUUCAUCUGUGAAACAUGGUAAUCAUUAAGGAUUUUUCAAGUAGAUUAAAAAUUUUUGUAUUUCGUUUUUAAUAGGAAAUGUUCUAACCACCCAUCAGUACUGCUUAAGAAAAUCAUUACUUUUAACAUAUACAUUGCUGUGAUAAUGUUAUAUUACUAUAUUAUCAAAUCUUUUAUACAGCUCUUAAGAUCAGUACUACCUUGUCAGUGGUUCAAAAAAUAUACCUGGAGGUGGGAAAACUGGUACGUAGUUAACUCUUUGAGAUUCCAAUGAUGAUUCUGAUGGUUACAGAUGACACUUGUAUUAAAAGUUUUCAGCUAAAUUGCUUAUGUAAUUUUGACAUUAUCUUAUGUGUUCACUUGUUGAAUGCACCACAUUAAAGGAAAGUUAUUCAACUUCAAAAUGACACCAUAACUAGCUGUAUUUCAUGAAUAAAUUUACAGCAACCCAUACAAGAAAAACAUUGCUAUGUCCUUUCCUUAUUUAGCCAAAUUGUGAUAAACUCCCAAGUAUCAAAGGCAUAAUGUGCUCCCUUUAUUGCUUGUCUUUUUCAAUUUUUCCCAUGAACCAUCAUUACCCUUUGGGAUGCCUCACUAUCAGAGUUCUGCAAUGUUACUGAACAUUAUCUCCAUUUUACAAGAUGUUUUUUAGGCAUAUCUGGGAAGUAAUACUACUUGUUUUGAAUUAGUCCCAGGUCAGUUUAAGCUCUUAAGAUUUAUAAUAUGUGCAAUAUGGUCUUGACUCACAGCCAUAUACUAUACUGUAUAUGAGCUUAUACAUCUUAGAGAAUAUUUCUUCAUAUGCUAUACAAGUCUUUUAUAAUUUAGCAUGUUACUGUUGUUACUCAAGAUGAACACAUUUAUAGCAUUAUAAAACUAGUACGUACAUACUACAUGUAAUAGGUCACAUCAUGUUUUGUUGAUUUCUGCAGAUGUAAAAGAACUGAAGUCCUUUGUAAAUUAUAUGAUAAAACAAUGUAAUGUAUGUUUCCCAUAUUGGAAAACAUUUAAGAAAUGUUUUACAAUGAGAUAAUAGAUAUAGGGCCUAGGUGUAUUUCGUCUCAGUAGGUCAAAUAUGUAGUUCUUCAUUCCACAUCUGAUAAUUGUAUUUCUUUUUUAUGUUUGUUUUCACUCAAUGUACUGUCUUGUAUAUUUUUUACUCAGUGUACUGUCUUGUGAGAUAUACUAUUUACCACUUGUUGUAGCGAGUUAUGCAUUAUAAUUUUACAGUGUAUAUAGCAUAGUACAGAUUUACAGUUGUAGUAAUUGUGAAACACUGUAUUGUUUAGUAGUUGGAAAAUGUACUUUUAUGCUUAAUAUGUUGUAAUUUAUGCUUAUGUUUUGUAACAUUUAGUAUUUACAUUUUGUUUACAAAAUAUGUUAUUUUAUUGUAAAUAGCUUUCAAUAAACAGUUUUGAAAUGA